AUGGCUUCUUUGUCGACACUUGCCGAGGACAUUAUUCACAGCAUUUGCGAGUAUUUGAGCCGCCAUGACAUCUUUCAGCUUACCCUGGUUGCGAAACGAUUCGCAUUCUCAUUUGAGAGGAGCCCGCUGCUGCACUAUGACCUUGCCUCCAAAGAAUAUCAGGCCAUGAUUUGGUUUUUGCUGCAGAAGGACUUUGCUCGCGUCGAAUCCCUUCUCAAGUUUGGUUACGAUCCCAAUCAUGCUGUGAAGACCGAUAUAAACCUGAUGGAUAAAACCAUUGACCACAUUUCCCUGCUGGCUCCAUCAAACGUUGCCGUGCGAGGUAACAGUGUAGUUUCGCUAGUUCUCACACGCCUCUACUGCCCCGCAUGCGACACGCAUAAUGUUUACAUCAACUACUCCGUUCUAGCGCACGCAAUCAUGAGCAACCAGGUAGAUAUGGUCAAACUGUUGAGCAAGUAUGGCGCGGACAUUGGGAGCUUCUCUGUGCGAGCUUUUGAUCACACCGGUACACUCCUGAGCGUGGACCAUUCCCUCAGCGCCUUGCAUUUGGCAACCAGUGGGCAAAUGAUUGAGACAGUGUUGCAACUGUCGCCCGAUAUUUUUAUCGACAAGAAGAAGCUUACAGACACGGAGCCACUACUUCUCUGGCAUGUUGAGAGAGGUACAGACGUUCACGCACUUCGUCUGUUGUUAGAAGCAGGUGCCCAUGUGGAUGGGGCGCGUCCAGCAAGGCAUCGAAUUCCUUUUUGCCAGUGUGACAAUGUGUUGGAUCAUAUCUUUAUAGACCACCAAACGCCGCUCGAGGCCGCCAUUUGGAAUCUGGACAGGGACGCAGUCCGGCUUCUACUGGAUUCGGGAGCUUCGUUUGAAUAUCAAUUCGACGGUGGCGUCGAAACAACGUGUUUAAACGAAGUUAUAAAACUCUUCCUCUUUGAAAAUCACCAAAAUGAUUUCGAAGUCAGUAACGACAUCUUCCGCAUGUGCGCCGCCAAGGGGUUGGACGUCAAUCGGCAGCACAUCGAAUGGUGCGGCUAUAACCCGCAUGGCACUCGACAUAACCCGCUGAUUCGGAACGAAGUCAACCUUGUUUUCGAAGCGUUGGUAUAUAACGUGUCCGCCAAGAUGUUUGAGGCUGUCCUUGAGGUUGGCGGGGACCCAAGCUUGCCGUUUCCGUGCGCGCCACCUGAACUAAACGACCCGGUGCUCUUUGCUUUGGCAACGUCAUUGAAGCAAAUGUACCCUACAGAAAACUCCCCGGAGGAACAAUGCGAAAUCCAGAUAGCAAAGAUGAAAGCAAUGCUCCGCAAGAGAUCCCGGCCCGAUGGCGCCGAAAGGGAAGCAAUGAUCAAAUUCGCCGUGUGUGCCCCUUCCCCCGAUACACUACACAGGAUGCUUCGCAUGAUCCAUGAGGUCUACGGCCCUUUCAAUGAAGAUACAACAAUAUUAGGUGAUGUUUUACAUCACGCAAAACGCAUCCCUGGGAUCUUUUAUGAACUGAGACAGACAGUGGAAUUUCUCGUCAGCAACGGAGCACCUGUUAACGGCGUCAACGCUGAAGGGAAAACAGCCUUGCAUAUUGCCUAUUCUCUCCCAGUCGAAAGCCCAGCCAUCCAAGCCGAAGGUUUUGCGAUAUCUUUGUAUGACAUUGAUGCAAAGCAAGGAUUCUCUGUUGGCUUCGCCUUGGGUACCGGCAUUUGCAGUAUCGAUUCUGCGAAUGAGUACCUCUCCGAACUCCUCAGGCAGCCCGAAGAGGUAGCAAAACGGCAAAAGAACGCUUUGGAGAUAUUUGACACGCUUUUACAACAUGGCAAAGAGUCACUGGAUACAAUGGACAACGAACAACAAACGCCGCUUAUGAUCAUGGCUCAGAAUGGUUGGCUACCGGCGCCCCGUUCUCCCAGUCCAGAUAUCCAGGCAGAUGUGCAAAAAGAGGCUAGAGUAGACAAUCAUGAACCGAUAAACGUUGUGCAGCAAAUUUUGGAUUCCCUUCUUGGUUCCGCGACUUAUAAUCCAGGAGAGCAGUUCUAG